CCGUUGGGCGCAGGUGCGGGAACCCGGAACGCUGGCAGUCCCGGCAAGACCUCCAGAACCGCGGCACAGCUCGCCGUCAAUUACUCCUUGAUACCCCUACUCCUUGAUACCCCGUUGACCUGGCACGAGGGUCUCCACGAUGUCUGCGCGGCCUGCCACUCCGGCGUCGCCGAAGAACUACAAAGUCAAGUCGCCCCAGCCAGGCCAGCCUAUGUACGGCUGUGAACACCUGCAGAGGCUCUUCAACCAAGACCAAGCGACCACGAACACCUCGAUCCAACACUACAAAACAAUACUCCGUACCAUCUUCGACACAACGCCGCUCAUCUCCCAGACGGCCAAGGCGACCGAUGGCCAGAUUGUCACCUCGCUCACCCCUACAUACCUCUGCCUGCAAUGUCCCUCGACAUUGACCGAAGACGAUCGCAUAAAGCAUGGCAAUAAAAAGUCGCACAGAUUUUACGUCGAGUCGAGGAGCGGUGCUCUUUACUGCCAGAUGUGCGAUGAUAUCGUCUGGGACCCUACCUUUGAGGACCUCAGGAUAAGGAAGAUGGGAACGGGCACAUUCUCCACGACCCGGAAGCGAAAACACGAAGAACUCUUCGAGGCAGCCGAUCCCGUCAGGGACAAUCCGACUUACAUCUCGGCGAACACAACAGCAGCAUCCUGCAAGGCCAACGGCCUGCGGGGCAUCUACAAUGCUGGGGCCACCUGCUACCAGAACGUCGUCCUCCAGAGCUUCAUCCACAACCCGAUCCUACGAAACUUUUACCUGAGUGACGGCCACCAGAGCAGCAACUGCGACACGCCGCAUUGCCUGAGCUGCGCCAUGGACGACAUGUUCCAAGACUUCUACGCGUUGGAGAACACCAACGGGUAUACGGCCGCCAACAUUCUCUCCGGGUUUUGGAUCAGCGAGAAGAAGGCGUUCGAGAACCUGGUCACAACCAAGGAGCAGGAUGCACACGAGUUCUUCCAGUUCCUGGCCGAGGAGCUGCACGAGCGCAACGGCGACGGCAAGAAGCCCGAGACCGGCAGCGAGCACAGCUGCAACUGCAUCAUCCACCAGACGUACUACGGCAAGCUCCAGAGCACCACCACGUGUCAGAACUGCGGCGGCGUGACGAAUCAGGUGCAGAGCUUCUUGGACCUCAGCCUGCCGCUGGAGAACCUCUCGCAGAAGAAGAGCAAAAAGGCCCCGUCAAGACCAAACGGCGGCGUGUUGACGUUGCAGGAGUGUCUCGACGAGGAGUACGUCAAGUCGGACAAGUGCGAGUACCGCUGCAACAACUGCAACUCGAUGCAGCAGGCGCGGCGGCAGACGUCCAUCAAGCGGUUGCCGAACGUGCUCGCCAUCCAGCUCAAGAGGUUCGAGUUCAAGCAAGGCCGCAACGAGCGUGCCGCAAAGAUCGACACGCCGGUGCAGUUCCCGCUUCAGCUCAACAUGCUCCCGUACACGAACCGGGCUCGCAGCGCGCCCGAGUCCAAGGAGAACUACGAGCUGGCGCGCUCGUGCACGUACGACCUCCUCAGCGUGGUCGUGCAUGUAGGGGAAAUCGACACCGGCCAUUACCUGUCGUAUUGCCGAGUCGGCGAUCAGUGGUUUGCGUUCAACGACCACAAGGUGGAGUUGGCGCAGAAGUCGGACGUGCUCAACUCGCAGGCAUAUCUUCUGUUCUACAUUGUUCGAUCGUUGUCGUAAGCGGGCGGGUUUAUUGCGGAAGGGUACCUACCAAAACAGCUUACCCCCUUCCACCA